AUGGGGAAGAAGAACAAGAGAAAUCAGGGCCCUGCAUCUUUCGAGAUCCCACAGAGACCUAAGAUGGUGUCUGAGGCCUGCUCUACACCUGAGGCAUCUGUAGCCUCCCUAGAGGACAAUGAAUCGUCACCCUCACCUCGAUCGGAUGCCAGAUCCUACACACCAGAAUCCGAGGAUGACGAGGCCCCUGCCACGAAGGGUGAUAUAAAGAGACUCCUGGUUGAGCUAAGGCAGGUCUGGAGAGAAGAUCUUCAGAAGGUCUAA